AUGUCUGCAUUAUUUCAUCUUGGUCAGAGUUUGAAGGGCAAAGUGACCUCGUAUACUAUUAUAAAGCAUGUCCAGGACUGUGUCUGGUUGGCAAGGUCUCAAAUCGGCCAAAUAGUGGUCAUUAAAAGUGUUCGCCACUUUCGCCUAGGAAACGAGCGAGAUGUGCUUAAAAAAUUCCAGAGCUGUAGCCCGUUUUUGCGUCCAUUGCUUGACGAGAUUAUUGAACCCCGAGAUCCACCAGCCAUCGUCCUAAAACACCUAGACGACCAUCUUCUGAGUGCUGCAGCAAUCAAAAGUCUCAACAAAGUGGAAAUCAAAUACGUUGCUAGACGAGUUCUUCAAGCAUUAAACGUGCUACAUCUAGACGGAUUUGUGCAUACCGAUGUCAAACCAGACAAUAUUCUCGUGAACUACGGUACAGAAGUCGAGGGCGUGCGCUUCACUGAUGUGCAACUUGCAGACUUUGGAAGUACUGUCCCUGCGACCUCCAAGUAUGCGACCGAUAGUGAUUUGAUAGGGGCACCUAUCUGGCGGAGCCCUGAGGCUCAUCUUCGAAUUGGUUGGGGUACUCUGACUGACAUAUGGUCGUUUGGUACAAUACUUAUCACAUUGAUCUAUGGCGAUAACUACUUCAUGUUCAAGCCCGAUGUCCCAGCUGAUCAUGAUGAAUAUGAGCAUAGGAUUCUUACAAGGCAGUGUCAAUUCUUUGGACCAUUUCCUAUCUCCUAUCAGGAAAUCGCACCCCCUUCCACGUUAUCUAUGCUUAUGCAGGUUAUGAGCAGUCUUCAUGGGAAGCAGAUGCCGUUUACACAUAUUUCAACAAAGGAGGUCUCAGUGGAGGACAAAAAGUUCAUUCUCAAGAUCAUGAAGCUUGAUCCUAGGGAUAGACCUUCGGCUCAGCAGCUCUUGGACGAUGAGUGGUUUAAUUCUACAUAA